UCCUGAUACUGUUGCAUGAGUGAUCGUCUCCUUAUUAAAGGAGGGAGAAUAGUCAACGAUGACCAGUCGUUCUAUGCUGAUAUUUACAUGGAAGAUGGUCUCAUAAAGCAAAUUGGAGACAAUCUGAUUGUCCCUGGAGGGGUCAAAACCAUAGAAGCCAAUGGGAAGAUGGUGAUCCCUGGAGGAAUUGAUGUCCACACUCACCUGCAGAUGCCGUACAAGGGGAUGACAGCUGUGGACGAUUUCUUCCAAGGGACAAAAGCAGCCCUGGCUGGUGGAACUACUAUGAUCAUGGACCACGUGUUCCCAGAGCCCGAGUCCAGCCUGGCGGACGCCUACGAGAAGUGGCGGGAGUGGGCUGAUGGCAAGGCCUGCUGCGACUACUCCCUGCAUGUGGACAUCACCCACUGGAACGACAGCGUCAAGCAGGAAAUGCAGACGAUGGUCAAGGAAAAAGGAGUUAACUCCUUCAUGGUUUAUAUGGCCUACAAGGAUUUGUACCAGAUGUCAAACACAGAGUUGUAUGAAAUAUUCAGCUGCCUGGGAGAGCUGGGUGCCAUAGCUCAAGUUCAUGCUGAAAAUGGGGAUAUAAUUGCACAGGAACAAACCAGGAUGUUGGAGAUGGGAAUAACCGGUCCUGAGGGCCAUGUGCUGAGCAGACCCGAGGAGCUGGAAGCAGAAGCAGUCUUCCGGGCCAUCACUAUUGCUAGCCAGACCAACUGCCCUCUGUAUGUGACUAAAGUGAUGAGCAAAAGUGCUGCUGACCUCAUCUCGCAAGCCAGGAAAAAAGGCAACGUAGUUUUUGGCGAGCCAAUCACAGCCAGUCUCGGGACUGAUGGGACGCACUACUGGAGCAAGAACUGGGCCAAGGCUGCAGCGUUUGUGACCUCCCCACCUCUGAGCCCAGACCCAACAACCCCCGACUACAUCAACUCCCUCCUGGCAAGUGGUGACCUCCAGGUUUCGGGAAGUGCUCACUGUACGUUCAGCACUGCACAGAAAGCAAUUGGAAAAGACAACUUUACAGCAAUCCCAGAAGGGACCAAUGGCAUAGAGGAACGGAUGUCUGUCAUCUGGGACAAGGCAGUGGCCACAGGAAAGAUGGAUGAAAACCAGUUUGUGGCUGUGACAAGCACUAAUGCCGCAAAAAUCUUCAACCUGUACCCACGGAAAGGGAGAAUAGCAGUGGGCUCAGACAGCGAUCUAGUUAUAUGGGAUCCUGAUGCAGUGAAGAUUGUCACAGCAAAAAACCAUCAAUCUGUGGCUGAAUACAACAUCUUUGAAGGGAUGGAGCUGCGUGGGGCCCCGCUCGUUGUCAUAUGCCAGGGGAAGAUUGUGUUGGAGGAUGGCAGCCUGCAUGUGACCCAGGGCACUGGACGCUUCCUGCCCAGCAGUCCUUUCCCUGACUAUGUCUACAAGCGGAUCAAGGCCAGGAGGAAGAUGGCCGAAAUGCACGCCGUGCCACGGGGCAUGUAUGAUGGACCUGUGUUCGACCUGACCACCACCCCCAAAGGGGGCACCCCUGCGGGAUCAACCAGAGGGUCCCCCACACGGCAGACGCCCCCCGUCAGGAACCUCCACCAGUCCGGCUUCAGCCUGUCAGGAACCCAGAUCGAUGAAGGCGUUCGCUCAGCAAGCAAGCGCAUUGUCGCGCCCCCGGGAGGCCGCUCCAAUAUAACCUCCCUGAGUUAAAUGUCCAAGCCAGGAAGGAAACAGAAUCCCCUUCAAGCAAAGGAAGAAAAAUGGUACAUCGCUGUUCGAGAAGGAAAAGCAAAUAAACCUGUUUUGAAGAUUCAAUAAGCCUCAAGCCUUAUGUUUCACAACUGCUACUUGCUACCUAGCUUUAAAGAUACUGCUUCAUUUUGUUUUAUGCGUAGCCUUAAACCUCUGUUGUUGUUGUUGGUUGGGUUGGGUUUUUCCUUUCCAUUUUUGCAUGCAUGCCGCUCAGACAGGUCCUCAGUUCGGAGCCUGUACUGUAUGUGUUGAGUGCUCGUGGGAUGCCGCGGUGCAAGAAGGACCGCGACUGGCGCAACCCGGCCCAGUGGGAGCUGAGGCCAGCGGUGGGUGACAAGUGCAGCGCGGGGUGGGGUGGGUUAGCGGGAGCCCCAUGGGACAGGUGGGCCUGUGUGUUGUGUUCACGUUGUUUCCACUCAGUGCUCAUCAGCUGUUCACCAUGAGGCCCGCAGGGAAGCCUGAAUCAUCUCUGUAACAACUGUCACAGCGCCUCAUGUAAGAAAUUUUAUUACUUUGUACAUUUUAUUAAAAAAAAGAAAAAAAACAAAGCAAUUGUUCCUU